AUGGGAUCUAUACCAUACAUCUUCAUCAUCCUUCUCUUUCAUUUACAAAAAUCCAAAUCUCAGACGAUCCAAUCAGCACAUCUUCUUGAUCUUAUGAUUAGAGAUUACACUAUCAGAAAUUUCAACAUACAUUUCAAGACAGGUACAAUCCAGAAAAUCCAUCUUCCUUCAAAUUUCUCUUCCAUUGAUAUCGACACGGCUAAGUUUAGAUGCGGGAGUUUGAGAAGAUACGGUGCAAGAAUUGGAGAGUUUCACUUUGGUCCGGGCUUGACUGUGGAGCCAUGUGUUGAGAGAGUGAUUCUGGUGAGACAGAACUUGGGUUUUAACUGGUCCUCUUCUAUUUACUCAACCGGUUAUAACUUAACCGGUUACAAUUACCAGCUCGUAUCACCGGUUCUCGGUUUAUUAGCUUACAAUUCUAACCCGGACGGUGUGUCACCGAACCCUUAUGAGGUUAACGUAAUGGGCACGGAACAAAACCCUAUUUUGAUCGAUUUCUUGAGCGGCAAGGCAAGUGGUAACCCUAGGAUGAAAAAUUCAUCCUUCUUGUGUGCUUGCUUCACAAGUAACGGUAACAUAACGUUUAGGGAGCAAGUUUCAGCCUAUGUUUGCUUGGGAACAAGACAAGGGCAUUACGCGCUCGUGAUUAGAGCUCACGACAGUGGUGUUGGGGUUGUUACGCAGCCGUCGUCUCCGCCGGUGAAUGACGGCAGAAGUGGGAGAUUAAGCCGGUGGAAAGUGGCGGUUGGGAGUGUAAUUGGGUCAGUGAUUGGAGCGCUUCUGCUAGGGUUAUUGGUGGUGGCGAUGUUAGUGAAAGGGAAGAAGAAAGCAAUGAGAGAGGAGAUGGAGAGGAGAGCUUAUGAAGAAGAAGCACUUCAGGUUUCAAUGGUGGGUCAUGUUAGGGCAAAUCCUAAUGCUUCAAGAACAAGAACGGUUCCAAGAUUUGAUAAUGAUAG